AUGGCCAUGUGAGCAUACACUGGCUGUACUCUUGGACCCUGCGUGCUAGCAGGACCCUUCUGCAGCAAAAUAGGGGACAAACAAAGGAGUUAAUGUGUAACAGCUGUAUCAAGCUAGAUUAAUUGGUUCUGGUCCUGGCUGCUGCCUGGAGCCUUGUUCUCACCCCCCCCCCCCAGCUUGGGGACCCUUGCUCCAGUGCCUGCACAGCCCCAGCUGCAGGAGCAUGGAGCCCAUCCCCACUGCAUUGGGCUGGGUUGGGGCUGCGGCAUGCCAGGAUUCAGUGAGGUUUGGCUCCAGCCCUGGCACAUAGCAGGUGGCUGGCUACUGUGUCCCCAGGAGCUGUAAAGGGAUCUGCCUUCCCCAGGGGCUGUGACAUGAUGGCCUUGAGGAACCCUAAUGGCAGCAAGUAUAUUCAGGAGGUGCCUUGGAUAGCACCAGGAGGGAAGCAUUGAAACGUGGAGAAGGGACUUGGGGUGGGAUUUGUUGCUUUGCAUGCUCAGGCGAUGGAUGGGGGUGUCAGUUCUGGGAGCUUGGGGGAGCAGGUACCACGCUCCCUGUGCAGGGAUGUGCUCCUGUGUGUUUACAGGCACUGCUUGGACUCUGCCCACAUGCUGACGCAGGCAGUGCUGACCUUGUUUCCAGCCCCAGUGCUGCAAUGGACUGAGAAUCUUCUGGAUGAAACCCUAGCACCAAGGGGCAGCCAAGUGUGACAGUGUGUGCUGUGCGUGCUCUGGCUGUGCCUGGUGGCUUGGGAACCGUGGGGACGCUAUGUCCUGGAGCCAGCUGCUGUCACUGCAGGACAUGCAACUCCCGGGCUGCCAGCACAUCUGGCUGUGGCUGUAGGGGAGCUAUUGUUCCCAUUCCAGUUCCUGGCCUCUCCCAGCUGCAAUCCUCAUUUUGUUGCUGUGACUCUUUCCAAAGGGGCUGGAGUACGCUUGUCCCACUUGUCCCCAUCCCCCAGAUCCUUUUGCUCCCAUUUUCUGCAGUGAAGCUUUUGAGGGAUUAAUUACUAACUGUUUCAAAACAUAAUGGAUGUGGGAGCCAAGCCCAUUGAAUUCCUUUGCGCUGGCCAAAAGCUGCUCUUGGAAACACCAAAAUGAGUUGCUGAGGAAUUUAGUUUUGUGAGAGUAAUUCUAUUUCCGUGCAAACUACUGCUCCAUUUUGGGUACUGGGGGUUAGGAAGUUGUGCUCUCCCUGAGGUGAGGCUCUCCCUGCUAGCACAGAGCAGGUGUUGUGGGGCUGGACCCCUGCCAGUCUGCACCAAGGUUUACCUGUGCUCACACUCCCCUGAGAGCAUCAGAGCAGCCCCAGCUCCUUGGGGCACCGAGACUCAGCUCCUUGCAGAGCAUCUGUGACAUGACGCUCAUGUGUGACCUGCUGCUCUGCCAUGGCAUCUCCAGCUUCUUGCUGCUCUGCACCUCAAGGUAGAUCUCUAAACAUUUUCAUUGCCCUAAAGCAAUCAGUGUUUGCCAAUAAUAACAGCCCUUCUUUGGCCUGGCAGCUGCAAGCGUGGAUGUCAUGGUGGUCGCUUGAGGCGGGGGGCAGAAAGGAGGGAGGGCACUCCCCUGCGACUCCCGCUGCUGCUGCUCGACACAGAAUCUGCAUUGCGUCAAACUGCACCAGGGAGCAGUUCAAGGUUCCCGACCUGAACUUUCUAGAGGAGUGAGAGAUAAGUGGUACAUUUUCACUGGCUGCUAAUCAUUAACAUUCUGCUGUCUGCUCCUGCUGUGUGUGCAGCUGUGUGCCUGGGGCUCUGGCCAAGUGCCCUGUGCUGGUGUGCUGUGUGUCCCUGUAGCAGCCAGGGAUGGACAGCCAGGUUUGUGCUGCCAGGCUGACCCCCAUGUCCUGUAGAUAGAUCUGGUUCACCCUUAACUUCCAGAGAAGAACAAGAAAAUAAAUCUGUCAGCACUGCGUGUCUGGGGUGGAAAGGUGACAGGCAGGGACCCUGUGUGACAAGGGAUGUCUUCAGCUCUAUCUCCAUUGCUGGGGGCUGGAGGGAUUAACCUGGGGAUGUGCUAGUUAGGAUCGCUCCCUCUGCCUGGUUUGCACAGGUCCUGAAAUCCCACAGAUCUCAGGAAUGCACUGCUGGAAGCCAAGACGUCCUCAGACCUUGCUCUUGAACUGUGGGGAGCUCCUGAAACAGCUUGGGACGUUUCCUGCUGAGAAGAGCACGGGUUGGGUCAGCCUAGCAAAGACCAUGCAGAGCAGCGCUUUGGCAGCAAGUGCAGGUUUCAAAGGGGGUCAGGGUACUGGGUAGCCCCUGCUCUAUGCAUAGCCUGAUCCACGCAUCAGUGAUGCUUGGGCCGAUGGCAGAGGGAUAGGAUAAAUGUCACUUCAUCCCUCUGCAGGUGCUUAAAACCUCUCCCCUGUUAAAGCAUUGGGGUUCACUAGCAGCUCAGGUGGUAGUUGUUUUUCCUUGGGAGCCUGGCAGAGCAGGGGCUGCAGAAUCCCCCCUGAGUAAUGAGGCAGUGAAGGGUUAAGGUUCCCACAGGGAAUGCCCUAUGUCACCCUGCAGUCUGUUUUUCACCUUUAUGCAAGUUGUUCCAAACACGUUUGUAACAACCCACCAGUGAUGCACCAUUCAGCAAAAGUGGUUUUGGGUCCAAAGAUCAAUGCUGGGACAAGUGACCUAUUGGCAGCAAACACGAACCCGUGGGGUAUAAAACUGCGGCGGAGCACAGGACAGCCUGAACCAGGCAGGAGGCUGCGGAGGAGGAUGGAAGCCCCCAUGAACCUCCUGCAUGAUGCAGGCAUCCAGGCGACGCACUGGCUGCAGGAGCAUUUCCAGGGCUCUCAGGAUUGGUUCCUCUUCAUCUCCUUUGCCGCAGACCUCAGGAACACUUUCUUUGUCCUUUUCCCUAUCUGGUUCCACUUGCAUGAGCCAGUGGGCAUCCGGCUUAUCUGGGUGGCCGUGAUCGGAGACUGGCUCAACCUCGUCUUCAAGUGGAUCCUGUUUGGGGAGAGGCCAUACUGGUGGGUGCAUGAGACUGAUUAUUACAGCAACGCCUCUGCCCCGGCCAUCCAGCAGUUCCCACUCACCUGCGAGACCGGCCCUGGGAGCCCCUCCGGCCAUGCCAUGGGUGCAGCAGGAGUGUACUACGUCAUGGUGACCGCCCUGCUUUCCAUCGCCAUGGGCAAGAAGCAGUCAAAAACACUGAAGUACUGGAUUCUGUGGACCGUGCUUUGGACAGGGUUCUGGGCUGUUCAGAUCUGCGUCUGUCUGUCCCGCAUUUUCAUCGCUGCUCACUUUCCCCAUCAGGUCAUCGCAGGGGUCAUAUCUGGCAUGGCCGUGGCUGAGACCUUCCAGCACAUCCACUCCAUCUACCGUGCCAGCCUCCGCAGGUACCUGGGCAUCACUUUCUUCCUCUUCAGCUUCGCCCUGGGCUUCUACCUGCUACUGCGGAUGCUUGGUGUUGAACUGCUCUGGACGCUGGAGAAGGCACAGAGGUGGUGUGCCCAUCCUGAGUGGGUCCACAUCGACACUACGCCCUUUGCCAGCCUUCUUCGCAACCUGGGCAUUCUCUUUGGGCUGGGGCUGGCCCUGAGUUCCCACAUGUACCUGGAGAGCUGCCGGGGGAAGCAAGGCCACCAGCUGUCCUUCCGCCUAGGCUGUGCUGCCGCCUCGCUGCUGGUCCUGCAUCUCUUCGAUGCCUUCAGGCCACCCUCACACAUGCAGCUGCUCUUUUAUGUCCUUUCCUUCUGCAAGAGCGCAGCCGUGCCGCUGGCCACCGUCGGCCUCAUCCCCUACUGCAUCUCUCAGUUCCUGGCCACGCAGGACAAGAAGGGUGUGUAGGGGCAGGUAACAGCAUGGCCACCCUGGCUCGGGGCUGGGGACAGGAACCAUGGGACCGUGGGGGUUGUGCUGGUUUCUCCCCGUUACAGCUUCAUGGGCUGACUCCAGCAUGGCAUGCACCCGCGGUGCCGGAUGUGCCACAGGCGCCGGUGGCACAAGGGAUGGAAACGUCAGGAGCAAGGCACUGUGCAGUUGUGGGCGCUCAAAAGCUGUGGCAAGGCAGCUCUGUAGGGGCACAGGCAGGAGGUGGAAACAAAUACCAGUUCAUGGGAGCCCCCAGCCCCAAGGCUCCUCAGCCCCUGGGACAGCUGACCAGUAUUCACUGCUGUGCGAAGCAGCUCUGGGUACAUCUGUGUGUAUACAUGCACAUAUAUAUAGGGGUGUGUCAGUAAACAAGGGAUAUUUUAUUAAAGCUGAAGGUGUAUUUUAUUGGUGAGUUCAGCUGUCUUGUGGAUGUGGGGAUGGUGCCCAAGUGCCAUCCCCAGGGCCAGGGAGGCUGUUGGUGCUGCAGGAAGGAUAUCCCUUCUCAGGUCCUGCUCCUGCCUGCUGCGAGGCAUGGCUGGAAACAAGGAGAGGCAGCACAAGGCUUCCCCAAGUCUUCCUGCUGCCCAGAACACACAGGUGUGUAGAGGAGAACUCAGGAGUUCUGGGAAGAUGCAUGGAGGUGUCCUGACCAAAGUCCAGUAGUGGCUGCACAGAGGGCAGGGAGGCAAAGCUGCUUUUGUGCUCUUUGUUCAGGGGCCCUGUACAUACCACGUGUCAACAGCGAGGACACAUUCAUGUCAGCUCGCUGCUAAGGGCAGCAAGUACAGCUUCGAGACCCAGCAGGCUGAGGCUCUGCGGGGUCUUUGCAGCACUACUUGGCAAUCCCACAUCCCCUGUACCCUGCCCCAUUAGUAAAACAGCUGGCAACAAUAGGAGUGACUCCAGUACAUACGCCCACGAAGCAUGGUUAAAGCUCAUGAGAUUAAUCAGUGCAUGCUGGCAACUGUCAAGAGACACGGUGCACGUACAAGCUGUGUGCAACCCAGGUGCUCUCAAGUGCAGGCUGGACAUGGUGUCUAAUGCUGCAUGCACGAGGUGAUAAAGAACAAACAGCAGAUCGUCUGAACCUCAUGCUAAAAUCCUAUCUGAAGCAAAGUGGGCUGUAAACAUCUAAGGAUAGAGAUCAGCUGUGGAGCUCGUUUUCUACAGGAAAAGCUUCUCUAGGAAGCUUACCUAGGUCAGCAACUCCCAGGUUUCCAUGGGCUGGAAAAGGGCAGUGUUGGCCAAGUUGUCAGUCCAGCUGGGCAAGGAUGCAGCCAGCACCACUGAAGGCUCUGGGUGCCCUGUGCAUCAGGAACAAGGACUGCUGCUUUCCCUCCUCCUGCAGCAAAGUGUCACAACAGGAGCUGAUGGCCUUUACAGCCUUGACCUUUAGCCUGAUCCUGCUACUCACAAACAGCUCAAUAGCUGGCAGAGGGCUCUGCUCUUUGUUAGGUGACAGCUCAACAUGUCCAAGCGAGGAAACCAUGUGAGGCCGCUGCUAUUCUGUAUGAUCAUGAUAGAUAAACAUCUUUAGGAUGGAGGUUUGUCUCACUUUAUUUUUCGGUUUAUUAUCACCAUCUUGACUAAACUUGCCAUGCUGGCUCUAGGAGGGAAAAAAAACCAAUACCUAGUCCAAUAUCAGGUGCUUUUUGACCAUAGCUCUUCAGUGCCCUCUUUGUUUCUGCAGCUGAGGUCAUAGCAGCCUUGGGAACU